AUGGCUGCCUGUGGAAGCCUUCAGCAUAUUUUCGACAAGCCGUUGCCGGAAACUCCGACGACAACACUUCUUGAUUCUCUCUCUUCUUGGAACCAAAUCAAAACUCUGAAUUUAAAACCUAUUGAGCAAUCUUCUUUUGCUGAAAUAUUUGGUGAGCUUCAUUUCAAAGAAAAUUCUCAGCCUUCUUCGUCUUCGUCUUUAAUCGAUUUAACUGCAAAUCCGAGCAAGAAUGAUUGUUUAGAUUAUAGCAAAAAUACCAAAUCACUAGAUUCUUUUUUAAGCUCACCCAAGAAUCAUCACCAAUACUCGAGCUGCCACCGUUCCAGCGACAGUUUUUCUCCAAGGAACUACGAGAGCUUGCAAUUAUGCACGGAGGGACUUGGUUUCGAAAGCUUUGAUGAUGUUGAGGAUUUGAAAAAUGACAUGGUUGAAGAUAGGCAACAGUAUCAUGAGGAGAUCAAAGUAAGCAUGCCAACAAGACAUUCAGUGUUGCCAGACGAUCAACGAGGAGGAGAAAUCCGGCGGUCCAAGUUGCGGGAAGGAGCGUUUCCUCCUCCCAUUUCGUCUAUAGGAAAGAGCGGAAAACCAUCUGUUUCAUUCCAGUCUUAUCGACAUGAUGGCAGGUUUGUUCUUAAACAAGUAAGGGUUCCGAGCCAGGAGUUUUUACAUGCUCAUCGAGAAGACGGACGGUUAAAGCUGCACUUUGUUCAGCCUAGUGAUGAAAUUGUUGAAGAAGAUGAAGGGCGCAAAGCAAAUGAUGAAGAAGAUGAGUAA